AUGGAUGCCCGCAUACACGCCGCAGCUGGAAAGCCGACAAGACAGGCGAACGGUUUCGUAAGCCAUGACGCACGUGAUACAGUUGCUUUGGAAGAUCCAAGUGGAAAUAGGUUGUCGAUCUCGGCCAUGUUUCCAUUACUUGACGCUGCACUGAAUUGGUCUUCUACGCCCUCCCCUUCAUCCUCGGUUGAUCAGUCGGCUGGUCGCUUUGUUCUUAUAACCGAUGUAGUCCGAGCAGAUGGGUCAUUCCUCCUGCACCACUUUAUUGGCCGACAUUUACGCAUUGAGGAAGGGCCUGGGUGGAAUGUGGUGCUUGUGGGACUAGCACAGGCAUUCAAUCACUAUCUGCUAAUUGGCAAGAAGCUGGGUGUGAACCUCACGAGUUACGAGCGGAAGGGUCGUUUUGCCUUUCUGGACGGGCUAUCCAAUGUACGAGCCGCGUCUGGGCCGUUUGCUAAUACAAAUGCCAAAGGACCAACUUCCAUACAACAAUCAGCGAAGCGCUAUCCUGAUGUGCAAAACUUAUUCGCAAACAUAUUAGCAGCCGUGUCAUCAAGAGUUCAAGAUGGGUCGAAACCCUGCAUAGUUAUCGACGAUCUGACGAUGUUGCUGUAUUCUGGGGCACCAUUAGUAGACCUUCUGACGUUCAUAAGUAGCUUGAACGCAUACGUCGGGCAGCAUAACGGAUGCUUGGUGGUUCUGGUACACAACGAUACAUCCAGCGGAGAUGUAAGGCAAGCUGCGAUGUGCAAGUCGCUCAGCCAUCUGGCCGACUAUGUCUUGGAGGUACAAGGGUUGGAGAGUGGAGCUACACAAGGGCUUCAUGGUCAGCUCACAUUGGGGCGAGGACCCCCGCUGAACGACACAAGCUUUUCUCCUCACGUGCUGCACUACAGAUUGGCAGAUGCUGGCGUACAAUUCUUCAAGAAAGGAUACUCUACCGGUGUUCUGUAAAUAUCAUGCCACUAGUUAUUUGCACCCAAUCAUCCACCAUCGGCGGUCAUCAUAAUUUUGUUGAAAACAAUCUAUUAAGGCUGAGAUACGAUCGAAUCUCGUGACGCCUCGCUGCGUGCGGAAGAAUACAUGUUUGCUUCUGCAUAGCACUCUGUGCAAACACGCACGCCGAUAUCUAAUCGCGAGCAUUUCCA